AUGGCCCGACCACGAUGCGGGGCUCUAUGCAUCAUGCUCACCGUCGUUUUCGCUGCGGCAGCGGCGGAGGAAACAGAGAAGCAGUCCUCAUACAUUGUGCACGUCGCGCACAAGCACGCGCCGCUGCUGCCACGCCGCGGCGGACUGCUAGCCACCAGAGCGUACGGCUCGUUCCUGGGUGACCACAUCCCCGUGCACAUGUCCGUCCCGGCGCCGAGGGUGCUCUACUCCUACUCACACGCGGCGACGGGCUUCGCGGCGCGCCUCACGGCACGCCAGGCCGCGCGCCUUGCGUCCCAGCGUUCCGUUCUCGCCGUCGUCCCCGACGCGACGCUUCAGCUGCACACCACGCUGACGCCGUCCUUCCUCGGCCUCUCGGCUUGGUCCGGCUUGCUCCCGGCGUCCAACAGCGCCACGGACGUCGUCAUCGGCGUCAUGGACUCCGGCGUGUACCCCAUCGACCGCGCCUCGUUCGCGGCGGACCCGUCUCUGCCGCCGCUGCCGCCUGGCAAGUUCCGAGGGAGCUGCGUCUCGGCUCCGUCGUUCAAUGCCUCCGCGUACUGCAAUGGCAAGCUGGUCGGCGCCAAGGCCUUCUACGAGGGUUACGAGCUUGAUCUUGGGCGUCCCAUCAACGAGACGGAGGAGUCGAGGUCGCCGCUCGACACCAACGGCCAUGGCACGCACACCGCGUCCACAGCCGCCGGAUCCGCCGUCGCGGACGUGGCCUUGUACGGCUACGCCAGAGGGAAAGCCGUCGGCAUGGCCCCGGGCGCGCGCAUCGCGUCCUACAAGGUGUGCUGGAAAUACGGGUGCAAGGCCUCUGACAUCCUCGCCGCGUUUGACGAGGCCAUCGCCGACGGGGUGGACGUCAUCUCCACUUCGCUCGGCUCCACCGGAUGGGCACAACCAUUUGAUAUGGACAGCAUCGCUGUGGGCGCCUUCAGCGCCGUCCGCAAGGGCAUCAUAGUCUCGGCCUCCGCGGGGAACUCCGGUCCCCGCGAGUCUACCGCCGACAACGUCGCACCGUGGCUGUUGACGGUGGGCGCGUCCACCAUCAACCGCCGGUUCGCAGCGGACGUGGUUCUCGGCAACGGGGAUACCUUUUCAGGCGCUUCCUUCUACGCCGGCCCUCCGCUUGGCGCAACCAAGAUACCGCUGGUAUACGGCCGGACCGUCGGCUCCAAGACCUGCGAAGCCGGGAAGCUGAACGCCAGCCUGGUCGCCGGGAAGAUCGUUCUAUGCGACCCUGGCCCCGGCGUGAAUUUCGUGCAAGGGGAGGCUGUGAAACUCGCCGGCGGCGUGGGAGCCAUCUUCACGAGCGCGAAAGAGAUGGGCGAGCAGGCGUUCGGCAGCCCCCAGAUCCUCCCCGCUACAGCUGUCACCUUCACCGCCGCCAAGAAGAUACAGAAAUACAUAAGCAAGAAUACAUCCCCCAUGGCGACGAUCGUGUUCCAGGGCACCGUCAUCGGCCCGACACCUCCUUCCCCUAGAAUGGCGUCCUUCUCGAGCCGCGGGCCAAACGUCCUCGCGCCGGAGAUCCUCAAGCCGGACAUCACUGCCCCCGGCGUGGAAAUCCUCGCUGCUUGGACCGGCGCCAGCUCGCCUUCGGGCCUCGAGUGGGACACGAGGCGAGUGCAGUACAACAUCGUGUCAGGGACGUCCAUGUCGUGCCCGCACGUGAGCGGCAUCGCGGCGUUGCUCCGGCAGGCCAGGCCGGAGUGGAGCCCCGCCGCCAUCAAGUCUGCGCUGAUGACCACCGCGUACAACCUAGACAGCGCCGGCGGUGUCAUCGGCGACAUGUCCACCGGCAAGGCGUCCACGCCGUUCGGGCGCGGGGCGGGACACGUGGACCCCAACCGCGCCGUCGACCCUGGCCUGGUGUACGACGCCGGCGCCGAGGACUACAUCACCUUCCUCUGCGCGCUCGGCUACACCGACGAUCAGGUAGCCAUCUUCACGCGAGAUGGACCGGCGACCAACUGCUCCACACACGCGGGCUCCUCUGUCGGGGACCAUAACUACCCGGCCUUCGCGGCAGUGUUCAGCUCGAAAAAACACAAGGUCAUCACUCAGCGCCGUGUGGUGCGCAACGUCGGUGGAAACACCGAGGCCACCUACAAUGCCACGGUCACCAGCCCCGCCGGCGUGCGCGUCACGGUGAAGCCGCGAAAGCUUAGGUUCAGCGUGACCGAAGACACGCAGGAGUACGAAAUCACCUUCACCCGAGCCGCAGGGAGCGUCAAGGAAGCCUACACUUUUGGGUCAAUCGUCUGGAGCGACGGCGAGCACACGGUGACGAGCCCCAUCGCCAUAACCUGGCCGUCGACGAGCAAAAUAGCGGAGAUAUGA